AUGACGCAAAGCGCUGAAGAAGGGUUUGGAGCUCACACCAUGAAUCGGGCUGAACUGUUUUGUACGGACGCUCGCACUGACAGCCCAAUGCGGUUGUCAUUCCCGUCCUGUGAGGAGCUGGGUAUUCCCAUGCACAGCGAAGACUUUCCCGGAAGAUUAGCACGACCAUCUGGAUUCCACCUUCAACACAUGAAAACGCCGCCUAAAACAGAUCCAUUUUCCCCAUUCAGUAUGAUACCGCUUCCGUCUCCGUUCGUCCUAGACCCGACUGUGGAACCGACGUUCAUACGGAAACGGAACGAGCGUGAGCGGGAGCGAGUGCGCUGCGUGAACGACGGAUACUCGCGUUUGAAAGAACAUAUCCCAUUGGACAAUAAAGACAAGCGCGUGAGCAAAGUGGAAAUCCUACGAACGGCCAUUUCGUACAUUAAACACCUACAGACGUUACUGGAAGACGACAACGUGGAUGUUCAGGAUGAAAACGAUAACACGAAAUCAGAACAUCAACAGAAAGGACUGAAACGAGCAAUGCCAUUUUCUGAUGAAAGUGACGGAGAAGAAUCGGAAAUGUCAACGUCUCGCGAAACUUCUGGAAAGUGCUUUCGACGUUAG